UACAAAGCUGAGCAACGAACGGGUUGAAUAUCCCUCGAUCAAGGCAUAAAUUCGCAAAAAGCAUUUCAAAAUUCAUACUGCAUACUUUCAUACAACAUGGAAAGAAGCACACCGGCUGAGCUGCAAUGGUUGACUCAACUGGCGACCAUGCGGCAAGCCCUGGAGGAGCUGAAGCUCUCCAAGGACCCCGCAGUGCAGCCCUUGUAUGGUAGCGACCUUGAGCUGGAUCUCGACGAUGAAUAUUUGUCACCUGGGUCGGUGGAUGAUAUCUGGGAUAUCAUCAGUUCCGACGAGGAUGACACAAGUGAUGACCUCGAUGAUAUCCACGGCGUACCCCUCCCUCCUGCUGCCAGUCUUGAUUAUGGUCAAGCCUGGCUCGAAGAAAGAUGCCAAAUUCUAGCGGCUAGUAAGCCGGGGAUUAACGGCACAGAGCUUUCACAACAGAUUACCGCGGCGCUGGCGGCUGAUAGCGGUGACGAUGAGCUUCAGAUGUCCCUGGCGGAGAUUGUCGGCUUCGAUGACCUGGACCUGGUGAUUGAAUUGAUUAGCCAUCGACAAGAAAUUCUCACAAACCGUAUGGUUUCUACCGAAGCACAAACCGAUGGCCUGAUGAUGGGGAAGCUUCAGACUCGAGCGGAACGGGAAAGGGCUCUGCGACAGCAAGACUUUGACCAUAAGCACGCUCCCCUUUUACCAGCUCAGACAAGGGCAGAGCCUGUGUACCCACAUGUUUUCAAGUCUCAUGAAUCUCGCAACACGCUCGCUCUUGGGGGAAAGAAGUAUGGGCUGCCUCUAGGAAGCAAGCAGAUUGAGGAGAAAAACUACACUGAGGUUGAAGUGCCUGCCGCACGCGUGGGGUCUUUGGCUGCAAAUCAGAAAUUAGUCGAAAUUUCCAGUCUCGAUGGUCUAUGCCGCGGAACCUUCAAGGGGUACAAGACACUGAAUCGGAUGCAGAGCUUGCUGUACGAUGUCGCCUACAAGACUAAUGAAAACAUGUUGGUGUGUGCACCUACUGGUGCAGGUAAGACGGACGCUGCCAUGUUGACCGUACUGAACGCGAUCGGCAAAAACACCAUUCCAAAUCCUCUGGAAGAACCAGACGCGACGGAGUUUGCGGUUCAAGUGGAUGAUUUCAAGAUUGUCUACGUCGCUCCUAUGAAAGCGUUGGCAGCAGAGGUCACGGAGAAACUUGGGAAACGACUCACCUGGCUCGGUAUCCAGGUGCGCGAGCUGACCGGUGAUAUGCAGUUGACGAAACGAGAGAUUAUUGAAACACAGAUCAUUGUCACCACUCCUGAAAAAUGGGACGUGGUCACUCGCAAGAGCACUGGUGAUACCGAACUCGUACAGAAAGUGCGCCUUCUGAUCAUUGAUGAAGUACAUAUGCUUCACGACGAACGUGGUGCCGUUAUUGAGUCUUUGGUGGCUAGAACCCAACGCCAGGUUGAAAGCACACAGUCCCUCAUCCGGAUCGUAGGACUCUCCGCUACCUUGCCGAAUUACAUUGACGUUGCCGACUUUCUGAAAGUUAACAAGAUGGCGGGUCUGUUCUUUUUCGACGCUUCCUUCCGACCUGUGCCCCUCGAGCAACACUUUAUUGGAGUCAAGGGAACGCCAGGGUCGAAAAAGUCCCGUGAAAACCUAGAUGUUGUUGCAUUCGAGAAGGUACGGGACAUGCUCGAAUGCGGUCACCAGGUUAUGGUAUUCGUCCACUCUCGCAAGGAUACUGUCCAGACAGCACGAAUGUUACGCCAGAUGGCUGCCGAGAAUGGCUGUGAAGCCCUGUUCAGCUGUCAUGAGCACGAAGACUACUCGAAUGCCUUGAGAGACAUGAAGCAAUCUCGUGCUCGUGAAUUGAGAGAUCUAUUUACCAGCGGUUUUGGUACCCAUCAUGCUGGCAUGACCCGAAGUGAUCGGAACCUGAUGGAGCGAAUGUUCUCCAACGGCCUGAUCAAGGUUCUAUGCUGUACCGCUACUCUCGCAUGGGGUGUCAACUUACCGGCGGCUGCCGUUGUCAUCAAGGGAACUCAGUUGUACAACCCACAGGAAGGUAAAUUCGUGGACCUGGGAAUUCUUGACGUGCUUCAAAUUUUUGGCCGUGCGGGCCGUCCACAGUUCCAGGAUACUGGUAUUGGCUUCAUCUGCACCACGCAUGACAAGCUCAAUCACUAUCUUUCCGCGGUGACUUCGCAGCAACCUAUCGAGUCUCGUUUCUCCAGCAAACUGGUAGAUAACUUGAACGCCGAAAUUUCCCUUGGAACCGUUACCUCUGUUUCCGAGGCAGUACAAUGGCUAGGGUAUUCUUACCUAUUCGUACGUAUGAAACGGGAGCCACGGCACUAUGGUAUUGAAUACGCCGAACUUCGAGACGAUCCAAUGCUGGUACAGAGACGGCGCCAGCUGGUCAUCCAGGCUGCUCGAGUGUUGCAGAAGAGCCAGAUGAUCAUCUUCAAUGAGAAGACAGAGGACCUGAAGGCCAAGGAUGUGGGGAGAAUUGCAAGCCAGUAUUACGUCCUUCAGACCAGCAUUGAGAUAUUCAACGAGAUGAUGCGCCCCCGAGCAGGCGAAGCUGACAUGUUGAAAAUGAUCAGCAUGAGUGGCGAAUUCGACAACAUCCAGUCUCGAGACAGUGAGUCCAAGGAGCUAGAUAGGUUGCGCGAAGAGUCCGUGCAGACAGAACUUGAUGGUGAGAAUGACUCGCCUCACGUUAAAACCAACAUUCUGCUUCAGUCUUAUAUCUCCCGUGCGAGGAUUGAAGAUUUUACCCUUGUCUCUGACACCGGCUAUGUGGCGCAGAAUGCUGCCCGCAUAUGUCGCGCCCUGUUUAUGAUCGCUUUGAAUCGUCGCUGGGGCUACCAGUGUCUGGUUCUGUUGUCACUCUGCAAGUCCAUUGAGAAGCAAAUGUGGCCCUUUGACCACCCAUUCCGUCAGUUUGAUUUGCCCCAGCCGAUUCUGAAAAAUUUGGAUGAAAAGCUACCUUCGUCUUCAAUCGAGUCGAUGAGGGAUAUGGAGCCGGCAGAGAUCGGCCAACUUGUUCAUAAUCAUCGCAUGGGGAAGGUCUUGACAAAGCUUCUCGACAACUUUCCAACACUGAGCGUGGAAGCUGAAAUUGCACCCUUGAAUCGGGAUGUGCUGCGGGUGCGCCUGUCUCUCUACCCCGAAUUCAGCUGGAAUGAUCGACACCACGGUGCCUCGGAAUCAUAUUGGAUCUGGGUCGAGAACUCGGAGACUUCGGAGAUAUACCAUCACGAGUACUUCAUUCUCAGCCGAAGGAAGCUAUAUGAUGACCACGAACUCAACUUCACAAUCCCAUUGUCUGAUCCACUCCCCAGCCAGAUUUACGUUCGUGCUAUUUCCGAUCGCUGGUUAGGUGCGGAGACAGUAACUCCCAUCUCCUUCCAGCAUCUCAUCCGGCCCGAUACAGAGAGCGUAUUCACCGACUUGCUCAAUCUUCAACCGCUCCCGAUUUCUGCUCUGAAGAAUCCAAUUCUCGAAGAGAUCUAUAGCCAACGCUUCCAAUUCUUCAACCCUAUGCAGACGCAAAUAUUUCAUUUGCUUUACCACACGUCCGCAAAUGUUCUCCUUGGGUCACCGACUGGUAGUGGCAAAACAGUCGCUGCAGAGCUUGCCAUGUGGUGGGCUUUCAGAGAAAGGCCCGGGUCCAAGGUGGUCUACAUUGCUCCCAUGAAAGCCCUUGUGCGUGAACGUGUUCAAGAUUGGCGGAAGCGCCUCACCGCAGCCAUGGGGCUGAGAUUGGUCGAGUUAACUGGCGACAACACCCCUGAUACUCGAACGAUCCGAGACGCUGAUAUUAUUAUCACUACACCCGAGAAAUGGGACGGUAUUUCUCGUAGCUGGCAGACCAGAGAUUACGUGCGCAAAGUCAGCUUGGUCAUUAUCGAUGAAAUCCAUCUGUUGGGCGGUGACAGAGGGCCUAUUCUGGAAAUCAUCGUCUCGCGUAUGAACUAUAUUGCCUCGCAAUCCAAGGGCUCGGUCCGCUUGAUGGGCAUGUCGACUGCUUGUGCAAAUGCUACCGAUCUGGCUAAUUGGUUGGGAGUCAAGGAGGGCCUCUAUAAUUUCCGCCAUUCUGUGCGCCCGGUUCCUCUCGAGACCUACAUCGACGGCUUCCCUGAACAGCGUGGCUUCUGCCCACUCAUGCAAUCCAUGAACAGACCGACCUUCCUUGCUAUCAAGAAUCACUCCCCAGAGAAACCGGUCAUUGUCUUUGUGGCCUCUCGACGACAAACUCGGUUAACGGCUAAGGAUCUAAUUAACUACUGUGGCAUGGAAGAUAACCCGCGGCGAUUUGUGCACAUGUCUGAGGACGAUCUCCAGUUGAACCUUGCGAGAGUCAAAGAUGAUGCACUGCGCGAGGCUCUUAGUUUUGGUAUCGGUCUGCAUCACGCCGGUCUGGUCGAGUCUGACCGACAACUCUCUGAAGAGCUCUUUGCCAACAACAAGAUCCAGAUCCUGGUGGCUACCAGCACCCUUGCAUGGGGAGUUAACCUUCCAGCCCAUCUGGUUGUGGUGAAAGGCACGCAGUUUUUUGACGCCAAGAUCGAAGGAUAUCGCGACAUGGACUUGACAGAUGUUCUCCAGAUGCUAGGUCGUGCUGGCCGUCCACAGUUUGACACUUCUGGUGUUGCGCGCAUCUUCACACAAGAUUCAAAGAAAGCGUUCUAUAAGCAUUUUCUCCACACUGGAUUCCCGGUGGAGUCAACCUUGCACAAGGUUCUUGACAACCAUUUGGGCGCUGAAGUCUCUGCGGGCACCAUCGGCACCAAGCAGGAUGCUCUGGAUUACUUGACCUGGACGUUCUUUUUCCGCAGAAUACACAAGAACCCAUCGUACUACGGUCUCGAGAUCUCUGCUGAAGAACACAAUACCAUGGCUGCACAGGCAAUCGCGCAGGAUUUCAUGAUCGACUUGGUGGACAAGUCACUCGGUGAACUGGCCGAAUCAUCUUGUAUACUCCUCGAUUCUGCCACGGGUGAAGUCGACCCGACCCCCUUUGGCAAGAUCAUGAGUUACUACUAUCUGUCUCACAAGACGAUCCGAUACCUCAUGACCCACGCCAAACGAGACCCUUCGUUCCACGACGUGCUGAGCUGGAUGUGCUCUGCAACUGAGUUCGACGAACUACCGGUUCGUCACAACGAAGAUCUGAUCAAUGCUGAACUAGCACGAAAUCUCCCUCUUUCCGUGGAGCCGAUGGGUAAUCUACCCCUCUGGGAUCCGCACGUGAAGUCAUUCCUCCUGUUACAGGCUUAUAUGUCACGGAUCGAUCUGCCCAUUUCCGAUUAUGUUGGUGAUCAAAUCUCUGUUCUCGACCAAGGUAUCCGUAUUCUCCAGGCGUCCAUCGACGUGAUGGCCGAGCUGGGCUAUCUGUCCGCCUGCUGGAAGUUCGUGACUCUACUGCAAUGCAUCAAAUCCGCCCGGUGGCCUGAAGAUCACCCACUCUCCAUCCUUCCCGGCGUUGCCAUUGACGAAGAAAAGCCUCGCGGGGUGCCAGACUCCCUGGUAGCGCUUGCAUCCCUUCCAGCCUCUUCUCUGUCCUCUAUAACGAAAAAACUGCAUCUCCCACCCGCCACAUCCGCGCAGUUCACCAAGGCAACCUCCCAGCUACCCCAGGUGUCCAUUGAUGUGUCUGAGGUCUCAUCCAAGGGACUCACGGUCACCUUGACACGCAGGAACCCCCCUACCAACCCCGAAUACCGCAUCUACGCACCCAAGUUCCCUAAACCACAGACGGAAGGUUAUUUCCUGCUCGUCAGCAGUUCAAACCCCGACGGGUCUGAUGGAGACCUCCUCGCCUUGAAGCGUCUGUCAUGGCCUUCCGCCGAUAGAAUCAAUAGGAACCGGAACCCCAAGCACGGCAAUUUGUCAGUCCGAUCGUCACUCAGGUUUCCGGAGGGUUUAUCUACGUCUUUUGAUGUGACGAAGCGAGUGAAUGUGCGAGUUGUAAGCGACGCGUACGUAGGCAUGGAAUGGAGCAUCGCCGGUAUCUCUCUGCUACCGGAGACGCAGACUGCGGAAUCGAGCGUUCCUGACAAGGCUUAGUCGGUUAUUGAGUGUUGUCUUCGAUCUGAGGCUUGCAAAAUCUAACGUAUAGCCAUCAAAUCAAGAGCCUUGAACUCUACCAUGAGAUACAGCUCCGCCUAUCAUUUAUUGUGUUCGCAUCUGUAAAGAGAUACUAGUAACCCAGGGGAUACAUUCAAUACAUGUAUUUCUAGACCAGUUGAUCAACAAAGCCCCGCUAUGUAAUCAUGAACGCUUCCACACGCCUAUUGCCGGCAACAUG